GGCAGGUACCGGGGGGCCCGGGGGACUCGGGGGGGGGUGCCGUGCCGGUUGCCAUGCCGCCGCCGGAGGGUUGCUAAGCUCCGCUCGGAGCCCGCGUGGGCUGCAGCGCUUGGUGCCAAACCCGCCAUCGCCUGCUUGUCGCAGGGGGGGAAGGGAUCCCGCGGGGCGGCGGGGAGGGGGGGGGACACAAACACACACACGCGACACGACACCCCUGGGACGGCCGGUGAGGUCCCCACGGUGCGCCGGCCUCCCGGGCGCCCGGGGGUCAGCGUGGCCCGAGGUGGCACCGGGCGGGACACGGGGUCCCCGGGGGCACACGUGCGGCAGGUGGGUGCGCGUGGGCGGGCUGGUGGCUCCGCCGAGGCUCCGGUGAGCCCCCCUCCGUGGGGACCCCCCUGUCGGCCGGGGCCAUGCUGGGGGGUCCGGAGAGGGGUGCGGGGCGCCUGCGGAUCUGCGAGCGGACCAAGCUGGUGCUGGUGGAGAUCGACACGGUGGCGUGUUGCAGCCCGGGUGCCGCCACCGGCAUGGCUGCGGGCUGCUGGCCCGAGCCCCCCUGGACCUACCGCCGCAUCGCCGGGGAGUACGCGUACCUGGAGAAGCGCUUUGUGGCCGAGCUGGCCCCCCCCUGGUCCCCAGUGCCCUCCAACCCCCCUUGUCGCCUGCAGGACUUCACCACCCGGCCCCGGGUACCCCCCACCCCCUGCCCCCCGCGGCAGCUUGAGGGGCCAGGGGGCAGCGGAGCCUGGGGGGGGCACCCUGUGCCCGUGCCUCGGCCCCCGGUGUCGGGGGACAAGCUGGGCCCCCCCACCUACGAGGUGCACAUGCAGCGGGUGCAGGCAGCCCACGCCCGCCGUGGGGGACCCCCCCCUUACAUCGCACCCCCCGCCUAUGACGGUCCCCACCGCACCCUGCAGCUCCGCCCCGUGCGGGGACCCCGCAGCCCCCCGCCGGCUCCUCGGGCCCGGGGGGCUGUGCCGGGCGGCUGGAGCCACACACUGCCCCGAGCGGCCACCGAGGCCAAGCACCGGUGGCCCCGUGGGAUGCAGCUGUCCCCGGGAGGGCCUGGCACCCCCCGGCACUGCCAGACGCUUCCACGGGCAUCAGCCGGCCGGGAGCGGGCACCGGGGCGCGGGAGGGGGCAGCGGGGGACGGGGGGACACGUCCUCAUUGACGCCACCCGCGUGGUGGUCCGUGCCCAGUACGUGCCACCCCCGCAGCGACAGCAGGUCCGCUAUGCCAGGGCGUCCCUGGGGCCUGGCACCCCUCCUCGCAGCCCUUCCGUGCCCCCCGGGGUUGGCAGCCCUUCUGCUGCGCCCUCGCCCUCCCGGGAGCCCUCCGGCAGCCCCCGCAGCCCGUGGCAGAGCCCGGGGGGCUGCAGGGGUGCCCGCGGGCGGCCCCCGCCGCGGCGGCCGGUGCUGUACGCCCAGGCGCUGCGUGAGGCCGUGUCCCGCAUCCGCCGGCACACGGCGCCCGACUCGGACUCGGAUGCCGAGGGCAGCGUGGGGGGCUCCCGGCAGCGGCUCUGCCGAGACCCCCGCGCCUACAGCAGCAGCAGCAGCAGCCUGGAGAGCACCGGAGCCCCCCCGGGCUCCGCCAGCCCCACCCCUGCCUGAGAGGAGGGGCUUGAAGGGGUGUGGCACUUCUGGGGCGGGGCUUACAGGGGUGUGGUUCUCAGGGGAGGGGCUCGGGUGGUCUCGGAGGUGGGGCUCAGGGCUGGAGUUCCCACGGGCUGACCCCAAUAAAAGCUCCGGGAUCCCGG